AUGAAGAUGGCGACAAUACAAGCCAUCGAGGCCCGCUCUGUGCACCAAAUUCAAUCGGGUCAAGUCAUCGUUGACUUGUGCUCCGUCGCCAAAGAGCUUGUUGAAAACAGUCUGGAUGCCGGCGCAACGACGAUCGAGAUCCGAUUCAAGAAUAAUGGGCUGGACCUAAUUGAGGUCCAAGAUAACGGCAGCGGGAUCUCCCCAGAGAACUAUGAGAACGUCGCUUUGAAGCAUUAUACCUCCAAAUUAUCGUCAUACGAUGACCUCUCAAGCCUGCACACCUUCGGUUUCCGAGGCGAGGCGAUAUCCUCACUCUGUGCGUUGGCCGACUUCCACAUCGUUACAGCACAAGACAAGCAAGUUCCCCGCGCGAAUAGACUUGAUUUUGAGCAAUCCGGGAAACUCCAGAAGACACAGAUCGUGGCUGGGCAGAAAGGAACGACUGCAUCGGUAGAAGGCAUCUUCAAGCGGCUCCCGGUACGUCGGCGGGAACUGGAGAAGAAUAUCAAGCGCGAAUACGGGAAGGUUUUGAAUCUGCUCCAUGCCUAUGCAUGCAUUAGCAUCGGGGUCCGGUUCAGCGUCAGGAACACUGUUGGCAAGACACGGAACGUGGUGGUCUUUUCUACAAAUGGAAAUAAGACUACUAAGGAGAAUAUUGCCAAUGUGUAUGGUGCGAAGACAUUAUCCGCUCUGAUAUCCCUUGAUCUAGAGCUGGAGUUUGAGCCUGCGGCAGCUACCAAACGGGCUGGCGAUGAACAACUGAGCAAAAUUCAAGUGCGAGGCCAUAUCUCGCGUCCUGUAUUCGGCGAGGGUCGUCAGACUCCAGAUCGUCAGAUGUUCUUUGUCAACUCGCGGCCAUGUGGUCUGCCCCAGAUUCAGAAGGCGUUCAAUGAGGUUUACAAGUCGUUCAAUGUCUCACAGUCUGCGUUCAUAUUUGCAGACUUUCAGAUGGAUACAAACGCUUAUGAUGUCAAUGUGUCACCCGAUAAGCGCCAGAUUCUGCUUCAUGACGCGGGGGCAAUGAUUGAAUCGCUCAAAGUUUCUCUUACGCAACUCUUUGAGGAUGCAGACCAAAGUGUACCGCAGUCAGCGGUCAAAUCCAGGCCUUUGCCCAAACAGCAACCAUUAGCAUCGCUUCCAGGGUUCACCACUGCUCGGGAACUGAGCGAAAGCAGUGGAUUCAGAAGUUCAAGUCAAGAUCAGACGAAAGAGAAGGUGGUUGAGAGCCCCGGGAAAAGUCAACAGAGCAUGAUCCCGCGCCUCGCGAGCUCGCAAGGGGGCACGGGAAGGGCUCAAGCCACGCCAUCUCCGGCUCGAUCAAUAAGAACACCCCGUGCUGCGACCAGUCGCUCUUCGAUGUCGACGCCAGCCCCAAGUGAGCUAGAAGCGUCUGUUGCGGGGAUUUCUGACGACGAGCUUUUCGUCCAAACAGCCGCCCAAGAGGAACCCGAGCCGACCCAUAUAUUACGCGAACCCUCAUCCCAGCCAUCACCUCCUGACGAGACUCCCUCUCGUGCUCGUGGAGAUCCAGAAGAAAUUCCCAACAUUGUCCAAAAUGCCUUCGAUAGAAUGCGUCCUCGAAGGGAGCCCGCCGAACUGGCUACUAUAACUAUUGGCAAUCGAACUAUAACCUCCAUGGUCGGUAGUGGUCCUCCACGGAAGCGAUUAUCGGAAGAUCCACCUCUAAUGAGAGAGCCACCUCGGCGGAAGAGACGGAUACACACACCAUCACGGCCUAAUAUUUUUGGCGAACACAUGAAAGCGUUUGCUGCUCCUGGAUCACAACUGGAUGAAGAUAAAAACGAAGAUGAAGAUGAAGAGGCCUCUGCUAGUGAAGGUGACCAGAUUGAAGAAGAUGAAAAUAACCUCUCAAGUGAAGUCGAGGACACACAAGGCACUGAGCAAGAGCCCGAAGCCGAGGGUUCACCCCUGCCCGAGAAUGGCGGCUAUGUUCCCGACCUAGCUGCAGCUCAAUCAGAAAUCGAAAACACCGAGGCAAUAGACAAAGACACCGCCGCAGAUGACAAUCUCGACGAAGCUCAGAAGAAGGCACAGGAAGAAGCUAUAGUCCAACGGCUCAUUCAUGAGGCCGAGGAAACUGCUUUGCUUACUCAAGACAACAGCACAAACCGUGCAAAGAAGAUGAAUAAGGGCGCUGCGCAUCGCGACGCAACUACACAGCUUGUCGGCACGGUAGACGGGUCUAUUCGACGUCUCCAAUCUCAACUCAUCACAUUGCAAAAAACACUGCAAGCAGGCAACAAGAUAACCACAGAGGAAGCCGCUGACCUUGGCGAGAAAACCGCCGAGGACAAACUUUCCUUGACUGUAAGCAAGAACGAUUUCGCCCAAAUGCGCAUCAUCGGCCAGUUUAACCUGGGCUUCAUCAUCGCAGUUCGCCCAGGAGAAGACCACGAUGAACUCUUCAUCAUUGACCAGCAUGCCUCUGAUGAAAAAUUCAACUUCGAGCGCCUGCAGGCUGAAACCGUGGUUCAAAAUCAACGACUUGUCCGUCCACAACGCCUCGAUCUGACUGCCGUUGAAGAAGAGGUUGUCCUUGAGAAUAGGGCCGCUCUUGAGAAAAACGGCUUCCUCGUGACUGUCGACGAAAGCGGCGAUGAACCUAUCGGUCGUCGAUGUCAGCUGGUCUCGUUGCCGCUGAGCAGGGAAGUGGUAUUCGGCGUACGCGAUCUGGAGGAACUGAUCGUGUUGCUGUCGGAGUCAAUUUCAACGUCGAAUGGACUGUCAGUACCACGGCCAAGCAAAGUGCGCAAAAUGUUUGCUAUGCGCGCUUGUCGCUCAAGUAUCAUGAUCGGGAAGACCCUGACAAACCGCCAAAUGGAGCGAGUUGUUCAGAACAUGGGUACUAUCGAUAAACCUUGGAAUUGCCCCCAUGGCCGACCGACGAUGCGGCACUUGAUGAGUCUGAGCCAGUGGGAUGAAUGGAAUGAAUUUGAGGAACCUGAAGGACUCGACCCUUGGAAACAAUACUUGGAAGGAGAAGAAGAUGAGGAUGAAGAAUAG